AUGUCCACCUCGUUAGUACGACAAAGCCUCUUCCGAGCGGUGGCCAAGCCCUCGAUGCUCCGAGCUUCCGCUCCUGGCUUGAUGCUUGCUCAACGAAGAUUCGUCUCCACUGAGAACAUGACCCCAGCGGAAAGUAUCUCAUAUCUUAACGCUCAGCGACAACAUCGACCCAACUCUCCUCACGCUCAAAUCUACCAACCUCAAAUCACAUGGAUCCUCUCAAUCGCCAAUCGAGUUACCGGUGUUGCUCUCUCAGGAGCUCUCUACGCCGGUGCUCUUGCAUACCUCCUCCACCCCGUCUUCCCAGUCAUUGACUCUGCUCACCUUAUCUCCAUCGUUGCCGACCUCCCAACGUGGGUCAAAGGUGGUCUUAAAUUCCUCUUCGCCGUGCCAUUCACUUUCCACACCUUCAAUGGUAUUCGACACUUGUCAUGGGACAUUGGAAAAGGUCUCACUAUCAAGGGCGUUUACGCUACCGGUUACACAGUUAUGGCUGCUACUGCAAUCUCAAGUAUCUACCUCGCUUUCUUUGUAUAA